AUGCCUGGCCCUCGGCAUAGGGACGGUCGGCCGGGUCAGUUUUAUGUGCUGGUCUGGCUCGACCAGCACCUAACCCUAACCACCACGCGCCCUCUCCCCGAGCCCGAGCUCCCGCCGCCCGCCGCCGCCUCCCGCCUGCCCGCCGCCUCCCGCCUGCCCGCCGCCCUCCGCCGCCGCCUCCCGCCUGCCCGCCGCCCUCCUCCACCUCACUCCUGCCCUCGCCGCCCUCCUCCGCCGCCCUCCUUCCCCGUCGCCAUCUCCCCUUGCCGCCCUCCUCCCCGGCCCGGCCUGCUCGCGCCGCCCUCCUCCGCCUCCACGCGCCCUCCCCGCCUGCCCGCCGCCCUCCUCCUCCUCACGCCCCCGCCCGCCGUCCCCGCCCACCGGCCCGGCCUCCUCUCGCGCCCUCGCCCACCGAGCUCCUCGGCCGGCCUCCUCCUCGCGCCCCCGCCCACGAAAGAAAGAAAUAGUAAUUGA